AUGUCCCAACAAGUAUUCGCUAUGCCGUCGGCUUCGGCUAGAUCGAAGGGUCAAGCCUUGAGGUUUUUGAACCCUCAGAAAGCAAGUAGCCGGCGUAGAGAUCGUAAAGAUCUUUGGCGUCAGAAGCAGCGACAGCCUUCCGCGACAUCAAUAGGCAACUUUGAUUCAAAUAGGACAAUAGAGGCGCAAUCCGAUUUGUCAAAGGCGGACUCUUUAGUUGAUGACAGACCGACUCAUGCGGGCGACGAUCACGAACUACUUUCAUGUCAAGUCCAAACGUCCGAGUGCGAAUCGAAAAUCACGGAUUGUCUACAACAAUGGUUAGACGAUGACGCGUACUGGGAGGGGCUCUCGGAUGCGGAGAGGACAUUUUUGUGGGAAGACUCCUUCGAGUACAUGUCCCAGAACAUUCUCCGACUGCGCGAUCCAAGUUACCGAACGCAGUAUAAAUUGAAAUCACAUGAAAUAAGCAUAUACGACAAUGUCCAUUUUCGGCUAAACGCUAGACUGAUCUAUAAUCACGCUUCAUUCAAGGACUACAGCAUAGCAUGUGAAAUGUUUACUGCAUUCACAGCAUGGCUGCAAGGUAGACUUGGAGAAUACAAAAAAGAUCUAGAAGAACUAGAAGGGGAGCUCGACUUAGGAUUGGAGCUAUGCCAGGAUGCUCUCAGGGGAUCGGACACUCAACAUGUGUGA